AUGCCACUGCCCUCAACUCUUCCAGAACUUGCCCUCAAUUAUGACUAUUCUCUGGGAGAAUGGGCAGUGGUCAUCCUUCCCAACAAUUCUAGGUAUUUUCUCUUUGAGAAGACGUGGUUUCCACUGUCGCCAGAUGGUUCCCAGUUGGCGCUGUACAACCUCACUCGAGAUCGGGAUCUCCCCGAGGGCACACUCGCCUACCUCAGGGCAGAGAACGGUACACGCGUCUGCUACGUCAAGCACCCCGACGGCCGUUGGCAUCCGGCUCAACAUGCCCUCAGCGCACUGGAACAGACGCCAGUCCACCCUAGCUGUCAGGUUGUUCCGUACAAACCGUACCGCCCGAAGGGCUGCUCGCCGGGCCCUCCUCCUGCCAACGCAACGGACGUCGAGCUCAACGUUCUCAUCUCCUCAGCCAUGAAAGGGGAAGUCGCGCACCCUACUGAGCCGGCAUUUCCUGUACUCAAUGGCAACCAGGACCACGAGAAGUUCUCUGUCCGUUUUGGGAUAGAGGGCUUCGACGAGAAGGAUGAAAGGAAGCAGUACAACACCCGCCGCAACAAGCAGCCGCUCACCCGCGCCGAGCUCGCGGUCCUCGUUUCCGAGCUCUUCGUCGCGCGUGCCGCCAAGCUCAACCACAAGCUCUGUAUCGAGGGUCGUGAGGUGGACCUCGACGCGAAAAACAUCCUGGUCGUUCGUGUGGAAUGGGUGACGACAGGGACCAUCCAGCCCAUCCUUCGCUUUGUUCACUAG